AUGUUCAGAAUAAACGAAGAACUAUAUCAGUUGGAAUUAAAUUCAAAUGAAACAAAACCAACUAAUGAUGAUUCUAAUCCAACAGAAUGUGGCAAAAUAUUUGAUCAUUUUGUCGAUUUACUUAAAUCAGAAAAUAUGUUGAUGAGUUUAGAUUUAUUAUCAGCUGAAUUAAAAUGUGAACGAACUGCAUUGGGGGGUGAUAAAUUGGCUAGUGAACUUAAAAUUGAAGAUGCUUUCUUAUCAUUAGAAGUACUCUGGCGUAAUUCUAUCGUUUGCUAUGAUCAUACACCAUCUGACAUACAAAAUCUAAUAAGAAAAGCUUAUUAUGAAUUCAUUGCAUCUGGAUUUCCAUUUGAAAUUAUUGAUGGCGAUAAUUUUCAUUUUCAACAUCAGUUUUUAGAAAAAGUUUUGAAAUAUUUUCAAGGGCAAAAGAUUUUAGUUAUUAGUAUCAUUGGUCCUCAAAAUAGUGGUAAAAGUACAUUAUUAAAUUAUAUGUUUGGUACAUUAUUUGAUGUUCGAGAUGGUCGCUGCACACGCGGUAUUUAUGGAUCUUUGGUUAAAACAAAUGUUGGCACCAAAAUAGGAAAAACCGAUUUUGAUUACAUUUUGUUAAUUGAUACUGAAGGUUUAUUAUCAAUUGAAAAAGGUGAUAAAGAAUAUGAUCGUCGUUUAGUUUUAUUCUGUUUGGCUGUAUCACAUUUAGUUAUUGUCAAUAUGUUAAGUGAUAUUAAUGAAGCAUUAAAAGAUAUUUUAACAUUAUGUGCCGAUUCACUGAAAGAACUGGGUGUUAAUAAAGUAAAUCAACCAAAAGUGCAUUUUGUUAUAAAUCAAAAAGCGGAUCCAAAUAUUGAAAAUCAUAUAGCUUCGAUCAAUAAAAUAAUUGCUGAUUUAAAAGAAAAAGAACUUAGUGAAGUAAUUGAUAUAAGUACAGAUACAUUUCAUACAUUGCCAUCAGCAUUUAACAGAAUACGUACUUCGACAGACACAAAACGUCCAUGUUUUAUUCGUACAGAACCAGAUUUCAUUGAACGCACUCAAGAACUUUGUGAUAAAAUAAUACAAUCCGCUAAGUCAUGUUAUGGACGAACCGAUGAAAUGUUUUCUGAUCCACGUCAAUGGUUGAAUACAUCAGUCACAAUAUUCGAUACAUUACAAAAAUUUCCUGAUUUAACUUACUUUAAAGAUAUUAAUGAACGUCGACAAGAUGAUCAAAUACGUAAAGAUAUUGGUGAACGUAUAUCUAGAAUAUUAUCAGCAAAUUCUCGUGAACAAAUGAUAAAAGAAUCAUUGGAUAAAAACGAAGGUGAAAUAAGACAAUUAUUUCAAGCUCAAUUUCAAAUACAUCAAGAUGACUUCGAUAACGAACUUGAAAACACAUUGAAAGUUGUGAAAGCGUCUGAUCGUAUUCGAGAUAGAAGCAGACAGUUUUUAAAACGACAAAUAACAGAGAUAAGUAAUGCAUGGUGCGCAGCAGCAGUAAGAGCUUGCGAUAGAAAAGAAAUGGAAGAGCUCGUCAGUAACGGUGCUGGUGACUUACGUCAAUUAAUUGUUUUUAAUAUUAUUGGAGGCGGGGAAGUGAUGAAUCAUGAAAAGGCUACACAAAAAUUUGAAGCGAUGUGGAAAGAAAAUCUAAUCCGAAUUAAAAAUAGUUUUAAUCCAAUAGCACAAUUGAGAUCAGCAAUCAAAUUUGUUUAUGGUAAUUACAACAUUUUUGAAAAACAAUGUCUGCCGGCUAAAGAGUAUGUUUUAAUGGCAUCUGAUUUAAUUGAAUCAUUAAGUAAUCAUAAGUCGUUAGAGGAUGUGGCGAGAGGUGUAAAAAAAGCGUUUGAUGAGAGCGCAGUUAAUUUAAAAAAAAAUGCUAUAGAAGAUCAUCGCUCAUAUACAAACACCAUAUCUAUUUCUUAUACACAAGAUACGAUUUAUAACUUCACCCAUUUGGAUACACAAAUGUUGACCGAUUAUUAUAUGAGUAUUCAACGAACUAAUGAAGAGGCAUCCGAUCGGACUAAACAUAAGAAGAAUGAGCAAUUCAAAACUUUUGUACAAAAAGGUUAUGAAAAGGUAAAGAAUACAGUAUGUGGUACAAAGCCUAAGCCAGAGCCUCUUCCAUUUAAUUUUCGAACCGAGGUACGAAACCGAAUUUAUACUGAAAUGGAGAAUCCCCUUAAAACGUCAAACAUAUUAAUAACUUCGAACCUAUUUGACAAAAUUAUUGAAAGAACAAUGGACGAAAUCAAUGGUGAUGGUACGGAAUAUUGA